AUGAAGCAAUCACCCAAAACCGAGGCAACCCCGAGAAUCGGGAACUUGAUUUCGAAACCAUCCAGUCAGACAAUACUUGAGUCCUCGAAGGAAUUGUUCGAGCUGAUCUUGUUACUGGGUGAUUACUUCGCAGCAGAUCAACAGAUUUACGAUAGAAAAACCAGUGGUCUCACAGACAGAGAGGAAGAGAUUCUUAAGCGAUACUGUAAGGAUAUCGCUGAUACUUGA